AUGGCUGGGGAAAACUAUACAAGGAUCACAGAGUUUAUUUUCACAGGCUUAAAGUACCACCCUCAGAUGCAAGUCUUCCUUUUCUUGCUCUUCCUACUUUUUUACCUUGUUACCAUGACAGCAAACUUGGGCAUGAUUAUCCUCAUCCAGCUCGAUUCCCGCCUCCACACACCUAUGUACUUUUUUCUCAGUCACCUGUCCUUUGUGGAUAUCUGCUUUUCCUCCGUCGUGGGUCCCAAGAUGCUCAGAGACUUCUUUGCUGAAAGGAAAGCCAUCUCUUUCCUGGGAUGUGCCUUGCAGCAGUGGUUCUUUGGGUUCUUCGUGGCCAUUGAGUGCCUUCUCCUGGCGUCCAUGGCUUAUGACCGCUAUGUGGCCAUCUGUAAUCCACUGUUGUAUUCAGUUGCCAUGUCACAGAGACUCUGCAUCCAACUGGUGGUUGGACCCUAUACUGUGGGGUUUCUGAACACCAUGACCCACACAACAGCUGCUUUCCGACUUCCGUUUUGUGGCUCUAACAUUAUCAAUCAUUUCUUCUGUGACAUGUCCCCACUUCUUUCGCUCAUAUGUGCUGACAUCUGGAUCAAUAAGUUGUUAGUUUUCAUUGUGGCUGGGGCUGUUCUAGUCGUCAGUAGCCUGACCAUUAUAAUCUCUUAUUUUUACAUCUUCAUCGCCAUCCUGAGAAUCCGCUCUGCUGAUGGGAGGCACAAAGCCUUUUCCACCUGCUCUUCCCAUCUCACAGUCGUUUCCAUCUUAUAUGGGACCCUCUUCUUUAUCUAUGUGAGACCAGGUGCAAUUUUUUCUCUGGACCUCAAUAAAGGGGUGUCCGUGUUCUACACAGCGGUGAUCCCCAUGUUGAAUCCUCUCAUCUACAGCUUGAGAAAUAAAGAAGUGAAAGCUGCCAUGUGCAGGACGAUUGCUAGGAGGAAGUUUUGCCUUGGAAGUUAA